AUGGCUAUAGAAAAUUCAUCUGAACAGCUGACAACCAGAAACAGUCUCAAGAACAGCUAUGGUUUCCUGAUGCGGGUGAAAGCAACAGAGUCUCCACCUGAUAAGGUGUUUCUCCUUCACCCUUUCACUCCACUUUCCCAACCAUUUAAUAAUAAAAGCGCUGAGUACUUAUUAAAUGCCAAAUCCUGUGGAAACCCCUACAUUAUAACUGAGUCACCUUCCUCCUCCAAAAACCUUAUCCCCAGGCUGCAAACUAUCCGGAAGAAUUAUCUGAACAUGAACAAGUACAAAGUGAUGUACAAGUGGCCAGGGGCCAGGGUCAAGUUCAGUGCAGAGGCCCUGCUUUGCCACCCCCAGGACCACGUGAAAAUUUCAGUGAUGGAGAUCACAGAUUUUCCCUUCAACACCUCUGAUUUGGAGGGUUACCUGCCUCAGGAGGACAUUACGACCAAGGCUGGGCCAUGGGGCAUCUGUGCUGUUGUCUCUCCAGCAGGAUCUCUGAAGUCCUCCCAGCUGGGUCGAGAAAUAGAUGAUCACAAUGCAGUCGAGAGGUUUAAUGGGGCACCCACAGUCAAAUUCCAACAAGACGUGGGCACGAAAACCACCAUUCGUCUGGUAAACUCUCAGUUGGUCACCACAGAAGCGGGCUUCCUCAAAGACAGUUUGUACAAUGAAGGAAUCCUAAGUGUGUGGGACCCAUCUGUUUACCAUUCAGAUAUCCCAAAGUGGUACAGGAAUCCCAACUACAGUUACUUCAAUAACUUCAAGAGCUAUCAUAAGCUGCAUCUUCAUCAGCCCUUUUACAUCCUCAAGCCCCAGAUGCCUUGGGAGCUGUGGGACAUCAUUCAAGAAAUCUCCUCAGAGCAGAUCCAGCCAAACUCCCCAUCCUCUGGGAUGCUCGGCAUUAUUAUUAUGAUGUCACUGUGUGACCUGGUGGUUAUUUACGAGUUCCUCCCAUCCAAGCACAAGACUAAUGUAUGCAACUAUUACAGGUAUUUCGACAGUGCCUGCACAAUAGGCACCUACCACCCACUCCUCUUUGAGAACAUGGUGAAGCACCUCAACCUCGGUACGAACGAGGACAUCUACCUGCUUGGAAAAGCCAUGCUGCCUCGCUUCCAGACAAUUCGCUGUGGAGCAUAA